CUCGCAGUUGAUUGGCUGGCUGCGCUGUCGGUUUGCUGCGGGGAAAAUAUAAAUACAGAGGACAAAGAGCUCUAACCUCACAGCUUUGGGAAGACUUACAAGGAGUUCUUGCUUCAACAGUGAUUGAACGGAACUUCUUCCUCGUCCCGCACCAUUCCUUUGACUUCGACGACCGUCGUAUAGAUUUUUAUUUUUGUACGUUUUGAUAAUAAAAAGGAGAAAAUCAGCCGAAAUGGAGAACUCUCAGGUCCGCCAGAACUACCACCGCGACUGCGAGGCUGCCAUCAACAGGAUGGUCAACAUGGAGCUCUUCGCCUCUUACACCUACACUUCCAUGGCCUACUACUUCUCUCGGGAUGAUGUAGCCCUUGAAGGUUUUGCCCACUUCUUCAAGGAGAACAGCCAUGAGGAACAAGAACAUGCAGAGAAGCUCCUCUCCUUCCAGAACAAGAGAGGUGGACGUAUCUUCCUCCAGGAUAUCAAGAAACCUGAGCGUGAUGAGUGGGGAACUGGACUGGAGGCCAUGCAGUGUGCUUUGCAGCUGGAGAAAAACGUGAACCAGGCUCUGCUGGACCUGCACAAGAUUGCCUCUGAGAAGGGUGACCCUCAUCUGUGUGACUUCCUGGAGACCCACUACCUCAAUGAGCAGGUGGAGGCCAUCAAGAAGCUGGGUGACCACAUCACCAACCUGACCAAGAUGGAUGCCGGCAACAACAGGAUGGCCGAAUACCUGUUCGACAAGCACACCCUGGGGGGCAAAAGCUAAACCUGACCCGAGUCUUCGCCCCUUGCUUGCACAGUCCACCUAUGUUCAAAUUCGUACUAAAAUGUUCUAAUUCUGCAUGAGUGUUUGAGACAAGAGUUUAAGCUGUUGAAUGGAAACAUCAUAGUGAGUUCCAUGUUGUAAGUGAUGGCCAAGUUUUGUGCCUCUGAAUGUAAAUGCUGCUUGACUUCAGUCAUGACUGAAUCUGAUUAAUAAACCUUUUGAACUGAA